AUGCCUAAUUUAGCGCGAAAGCUGCUUAUAUGUGCAGCCGUUGAUGGCCUUAUAGUUCAACCUCUUGCGACAAAAGGGCAACGAACUCCUGCGCCCGUCAAAAUCAAGUAUGGAGAUGCUACAGUAUCUUCGCUUCCUCGCGAUCAAAUACCGGACACUUCGAAAUCGAACUCGUCCUUCGAAGCUUUCGGGGUUGUAGGACUUUUCACUGUCUCCCGUCUAACCUACCUUAUUACAAUCACUGGCCGCCAGCAAGUUGCGCAGGUUCGCGGCUUUCCUAUAUAUGUCGUCACUGACGUCGCGCUCACCCCGUGUACGAGUCGAAGCGAGGCCGAAUCAGCCGUUGCGAACACAGCAACUAAACUACGACAAACGUCAGCCGAGAAAUUUGUCGAAGACAGUGACUCGGAGAGCGAGGUGGAUACACGUUCAGUAUUGGGUGGCGACGACGCGGAAGACCCAGGAGCUAUAAGCGAUCGUGAGACUUCUGAAGACAAAGACGCGCCAGGGGCAGGCAGGAAGAGUAGCAUAGCCGAAGAUGUCAUAAAGCGCCGCGGGAGCUAUGGGCGAUUUGCUCAGCGCUGGUUCAGCCGCAAGGGCUGGAUGAUGGACCAAAAACGAAACCUAGGCAUUACUAGUGUCGAAACCGACCGGGCGGGUGACCAGGCCGUCGAUGAGAGGAACAAGGCGAAGAGGGGAGAUUCAGAUAAGGAGUUGAGCGAUACCGUGGUACAGGAGAAGGUCGACCCUCCUCCGACACCGUCAGCUGGUGAGAGCCUAAUACCAAAACUAUUGCGAUUUGCGCAUAUCUGGCUCGGGACGUCUAGGAGCUUCUUUUUCUCCUAUGAUUUCGAUAUUACGAGAAGCCUUGGUAGUCAAUCUGUCACAUCAGUCGCGGAUGGCCUCCCGCUUCACGAAACAGCUGAUCCCACAUUCUUUUGGAACCGUAGUUUGUUAAAGCCAUUCCACGGAUCUGGCGACGAAUCAUUACUGUUACCAGUAAUGCAAGGUUUUGUGGGACAGAGGAGGUUCGUUGUGGAUCGUUAUCCACCUCAAGUCGAUUCUCAGGAAGAUUCCAUGGAAAUGAACAAUAUGACGCCUCCCCCAGAGUCCAAUGUCGAAUUUCCUCCACCGGAGAGAGCAUCUAGUGAUCUAAGGCCGUCCGAGAAGGAGUUUGUUAUCACCAUUAUUUCCAGGAGGUCCACUAGGCGAGCUGGGCUUCGAUAUCUACGGCGUGGUAUAGACGAAAACGGCUAUACUGCUAAUUUUGUCGAGACAGAGCAGAUACUCUCAACCCCAACGUGGGGUCCUUCAUCAAAAAUCUCCUCUUUCGUUCAGGUUCGAGGUAGUAUACCACUUUUCUUUACACAAUCACCAUAUUCUCUUAAACCGAUUCCAGUACUACAGCAUUCCACAGAGGCAAAUUUUAGAGCUUUCAAGAAACACUUCGAACUUAUGGGCAAGACAUAUGGAUCUAUACAAUUAGUAAACUUAGUUGAGAAGCAUGGUGUGGAAGCUAUAAUUGGUAGAGAAUACGAGAAAGCGGCCCAGAAACUGAAUGAACAAGAGGCGGAAGGUUCCCCGUCACUUGCUUUCGAGUGGUUUGAUUUUCAUUCUGCGUGCCGCGGGAUGAAGUUUGAAAACGUGAGCUUACUUUUAGAUAUCCUGGGUAAAAAGAUCGAAGAGACUGGUAGUACUGUGGAAAGAAACGGUCAAAUAGAUCGGAAGCAGAAUGGCGUUCUGAGAACGAAUUGUAUGGAUUGCCUCGACCGUACUAACGUUUGCCAAAGUUCUUUUGGCAAGUUCAUGCUUGAUCUGCAGCUGAAAGAAGAGGGCUUCGACAUGUCAGUCCAGCUUGACCAGGAGAACUCGUGGUUUAAUACUCUCUGGGCCGAUAAUGGAGACGCUAUAUCCAAACAAUAUGCCUCUACUUCUGCAAUGAAAGGCGACUACACCAGGACAAGAAAACGGGAUUAUCGCGGGAUGGUGAACGACCUAGGCUUAUCCUUAACGCGGUUUUAUAACGGAAUGGUGAACGAUUAUUUCUCUCAGGCCGCUAUCGACUUUUUCCUCGGCAACGUUUCCUCCAUGGUGUUUGAAGAGUUCGAAGCAACCAUGAUGAGUAAGGACCCCGGGGUCUCAAUGUCAAAGAUGAGAGAGCAAGCCAUCGAGACAUCGCAGAAGAUUGCCAUAGAGGAUGACAGGGAGGAUUUUAUUGGAGGGUGGACUUUGCUAAGCCCUCAUAUAUCUGAUACUCUCAAGGCUUUACCGUUCGAAGAAGUGGUACUUCUUCUGACUGACACGGCAUUAUACUUGUGCCGGUUCGACUGGAAGCUUGACAAGGUAUCCUCAUUCGAAAGAGUGGACUUGGCUCAUAUAGUCAGUGUCAAGGUCGGCACGUACAUAACCUCGGCCAUCUCCCCUGCGGAGGCCGACGAGUCGAAGAACGUCGGUAUCGUCGUGACUUAUGAGCCGGGCAAGUUUGAUAUCAAGAGGACCAAUACACAAUCGCUUUCUAGCAUGUCAGGACAAUCUGACGAAUCAUCGGGAGCGAAAAACGUGCUGAAUGAUCCGGCUGCAGCGCCGGCCGCCGUGUCCGGCAUUCUGAACCAGGGCAUCUUCAAUGCCAUCACAGGUAAGCCGCAGGCACAGGCGUCGCGGAAGAUCGCUCUAAAAGCACUACAUUCCACGACGGCCGUGUCGGACACGAAGGACGUGAAAAAGAUGACGGAAAGCGAGCAGAUCAACGUCAUCGCGACGGAGAUAGAGCGGCUGGUUUUCUAUAACCAGCCGGCUCCGGCCAGCUCGGGGGAGCGGAAGAGUAUCGUCGAGAAAGGCGACAUCAUCUCCCUCGCCGAAGCGAAGCGGAGCACGGGCAUUCUAGAGCAGUUAGGUCACAGCAUAAAGAAGCUGGUUUGGGCAUGA